AUGCAGCGUUUCAUCGUCUUCUCCGCUCUUUUCGUCUCCGCCAAUGCCUUCCUCCUCGGAGGUGGAUGUGGAUGCGCUCCACCACCACCACCACCACCAUGCGGAUGCGGAGGAGGACUCCCAGCUCUUCCACCUCUCCAACUCCCAAGCUUGAACCUCGGAGGAGGAUGCGGAUGCGCUCCACCACCACCACCACCACCAUGCGGAUGCGGAGGAGGACUCCCAGCUCUCCCACCUCUCCAACUCCCACAACUCCAAUUCCCAUCUCUCGGAUGCGGAGCCCCAUCAGGAUGCGGAGGAUCUGGAUACGCUCACGCCCCAAUCGCUGCCCCAUCUAACUCUUACGCUCAAGCCCCAGCUUCAUACGCUCAAGCUGCCCCAGCCUCUUACGCUCAAGCCGCCCCAGCCCCAGCCUCAUACGCUCAAGCUGGACCAGCUCAAGGAGCCUCAUACGCCGCCCCAGCUCAAGGAGCUUCCUACGCUGCCCCACAGCCAGCUGGAAACUCUUACGCUACCGGAAGAAAGUAA